CGGGGCGAGCAGCACGACCCGCCCGCCCCUUGGCCCGCUCCCCGCCCCGGCUCUGCAGCCAGCGUGCAGCCCGCAGGAGAAUGAGGAGUGAAGUGCUGCGGCUCUGCUUCCCGAUGCGGCUCUGCCUCUCUCUGCCCUUCGCUGCCGCCCCGUACCGGGCGUUGAGCGGGUGGCAGGCAGCGGGCGGCCAAGCCGCGCGCAAAAUCACUGAGAAUGCAAGAAAAUCUUUGGCCUCUCUGAAGAGAGAACACCCACGGCUUGAGCCAACGCUUGCCAUUAUUCAGGCACGUAAUGUUCCUUUGGUUCAAGAAAUAAACAAGAACUUUGCUGAAGAGGUUGGUCUACGUGUGAUUCACAUCUGUCUCCCUGAAGGCAGCAGCAAAGAUGAGAUUGUCAGUGAAAUCUUGAGGCUUAAUGAAGAUCCUAAUGUGCAGGGCCUUGCCCUUGACCUCCCAGAAAGCUUGUAUAGCAGCAAGAUAUUAAAUGCUGUGAAACCUGAGAAGGAUGUGGAUGGGUUAUCUGAUGUAAGCCUGGGACGCUUGGUACGUGGAGAAGACUCUGACUACUUGGUUUCUCCUAUUGCUGGUGCUGUGAUGGAGCUCCUUGAAGAUCUGGAUGGGAAGACAGUACUGCUGGUGGGUAUCAAUGGGCCCUUGGGGUCCUCCUUGCAGUGCCUGCUGCAGAGACGGGGAGCCAUCACUGCUAGUUGCCACUGGAAGUCAUCCGGGCUGCAGAGCAAGCUUCAUCAUGCGGAUGUGGUGGUAGCUGGCAGUCCGAAACCUGAGAGUGUUCCUGCGAGCUGGCUAAAACCUGGAACCACCAUCAUCAACUGUUCUCCUGACUUACUGUCAGAGAAACACAACUAUGGUCAGAAUACUACUGAAAAUGCAGUUUGUUCUCUUGCAGUAGCAAUGCGAAUGCAGAACAUGGUAAAAAAUACAGAGCGAUGGAUCCACUCCCAGCAGCUCAGAAAGUGGGAUCUCCACUGCUUGAAGCUUCAGCCUCUCUCACCAGUGCCUAGAAUAACCCCUACACCCCUAGGAGAAGGGAAAAGCACAGUCACAAUUGGACUUGUUCAGGCUCUUACUGCACAUCUUAAGAUUAAUUCCUUUGCUUGUCUGAGACAACCUUCCCAAGGACCUACUUUUGGAGUUAAAGGUGGAGCAGCUGGUGGUGGAUAUGCUCAAGUGAUUCCCAUGGAGGAGUUCAAUCUUCAUUUGACUGGAGAUAUUCAUGCUAUAACUGCUGCAAAUAAUUUGCUGGCUGCUGCUAUUGAUGCUAGGAUCUUGCACGAAAGCACUCAAUCCGAUAAGGCUUUAUAUAAUAGGCUGGUUCCAGUAGUUAAAGGUGUGAGAGGAUUUUCUUCUAUUCAGCUUGCCCGUCUGAGAAGACUGGGAAUAAAUAAGACUGAUCCUGAGACUUUAACAGAAGAGGAGAUCAGUAGAUUUGUGCGCCUUGAUAUUGACCCUUCUACCAUAACAUGGCAACGAGUUGUGGAUACAAAUGACAGAUUCUUACGCAAGAUAACAAUUGGCCAGGCAAAUACAGAAAAAGGAUUUGUCCGUCAGGCUCAGUUUGAUAUUGCUGUUGCAAGUGAAAUUAUGGCCAUCCUUGCACUUACCACCAGUCUGGAAGAUAUGAAGGAGAGACUGGGGAAAAUCGUGGUGGCUAAUGACAAGAAGGGAGAACCAGUAACAGCAGAGGAUUUGGGAGUAACAGGUGCCUUGGCAGUUUUGAUGAAGGAUGCAAUUAAGCCAACACUAAUGCAAACAUUAGAGGGAACACCAGUAUUUGUUCAUGCUGGACCUUUUGCUAACAUUGCCCAUGGAAAUUCUUCCAUUUUGGCAGAUAAAAUUGCCCUUAAACUAGUUGGGGAAAAGGGUUUUGUAGUAACUGAAGCUGGCUUUGGUGCUGACAUUGGGAUGGAGAAAUUCUUCAACAUCAAAUGCAGAGCCUCUGGCUUGGUUCCCAGUGUGGUUGUACUUGUUGCUACAGUGAGGGCUUUGAAGAUGCAUGGAGGUGGGCCAAGUGUAUCUGCAGGUGCUCCUCUGAAAAAAGAAUACACAGAAGAGAACCUCCAGCUGGUAGCUGAUGGCUGCUGUAACCUUCAGAAACAGAUCCAAAUUACUCAACUCUUUGGGGUUCCCGUUGUGGUUGCUCUAAAUGUCUUCAAAACUGACUCGCCUGCUGAGGUUGAUCUUGUGUGUAAGAUUGCAAAGCAGUCUGGAGCAUUUGAUGCUGUACCCUGCAAUCACUGGUCGGAUGGUGGUAGAGGAGCAGUAAAAUUAGCUCAAGCUGUGGAAAAGGCAGCCAAUCAGAAAAGCAGUUUCAAGUAUCUCUAUGGCUUGGAGCUUCCGAUUGCUGAAAAAAUUAAGACCAUUGCUCAGAAAGUAUAUGGAGCAAAGGAUAUAGAGUUAUCUCCUGCUGCACAGUCACAAAUUGAUCGUUAUACCCGGCAGGGAUUUGGAAAACUUCCCAUAUGCAUGGCAAAAACUCACCUAUCCCUCUCCCAUCAACCAGAGAGGAAGGGUGUUCCCACUGGUUUCAUUUUACCGAUUAGCGAUGUGAGAGCCAGUAUUGGAGCUGGGUUCAUCUACCCCCUGGUAGGAACGAUGAGCACUAUGCCAGGACUGCCCACAAGACCAUGCUUCUAUGACAUUGAUCUUGACCCCGUCACAGAGGAAGUGAAGGGAUUGUUUUGAUACUGAGAUCCAAAUUCAGAAGUCUGGACAUUAAGAACUGCAACUUCCCUAUUUCCUGCAAAUAGGAGACAAAAGUGAAUUUGAAAUAUUCCUGUUAUGUGUCUCUGGAAGAAUGUCAAGAUAAACCACAGAGCAAAAGUUUAUUCUUUCUUCAAACUAGUUUUUAGGAUGAAAUAUAUCUGUAAGGUUGUUUUUGUUUGUUUAUUUUUAAGAAAAAAGGCAGGCUAAAUGUUUCCCUCUGUAGUGCAGAAAGCUCUCUGCUGGGUCUUGUAUUUGGUGCUGGAAAAAAGGACAUCGAGAAAAUGGAAUUUUUCUCUUUGGAGUUUUCAUCUUUUCUCAAAGGAGUUAACAAAAGUAUUUCCCUUAUCCUUGGCUAUCUAAAAACUUACGCAAACAUGAUUAUUCUCUGUGACUGAGUCUGUUCCUCCCAGAAAAAUACACUUUGGCUCCUGGCAUUCAGGAGCAGAAGCUGCACACAGAUUAACUUCACAUUUUUGAGUUAUCAUCGAGUGUUGCUCUGGAUGCAUUUGGGCAAAAGCCAAGCUUCAAGCGAGGAAGAUACUAAGUGGAGAAAGAACAGAGCAUGUAUUCUGCUGAGGGUUUUUAAUAUAUAAUUUGUUUCCUUGAUGGGCAACAAAACAUUUCAGCCAUCGCUGUCUCACGUCCAUAGGUCUCUGUGUAUCUCUGAGGCUAUCCAGCUGGUGAUGUGCUUGUUGUGGGGAAGCUGGUUGUGAAUGCUGGUUGUUCAGAGAGGGCACUGCUCUGCCUGAAGCCCUGUUUUGCUUCUCUUCAUGGCUAAUGAAGCCUCCUGCUGUGCUGGCUUCCCACCAGCCCUGUCGCUUGCAGCAUUCAACGCCCAGGAACAAGAGAGGAAUGAAUGGUCAUCAAGUGAGGAUGCAACAGGAAAGAACUUUGUUGCGCAGUUUUUAACCACCUUGAAAAGCUAGAGUGUGUUUUGUAUUUCACGUAGGUAUUCAGGAAACUUAAAUCCUCAGCUUUGUGCUUUAGCUUACCUCCAGUUUCUCAAAUCUGCAGCAAAAUGUGCCUUAAGCAUAGGAUACUGCAUUUAGCUUUUCAGACUGCUGCUCCUCAGGAAACUCUCACUGACUCUCACUGUUGGUUCCCUCGAUAACAAAAAAUGCAACAGGACAAUAGGUCUAAUCAAGACAAUGGGACAUUGGUUUUUUUAGGUAAAAAGCAGCGAAAUAAUGAUGAGAGAGUUUAUUUUCCUGGUGACGUUUUCCAUCCUGUUGCUUUGCUCUGCUUACGCACAUCUGUAUAGUAUGGGCUUAUACAAUGUAAUUUUGGUUCCCUUUUGCACAGCUACAUUUGGAGACAGAAUUUCAGCACAGUUCCUGAGGUAAUUGAGGGUCCUGUUUUGGUUUUUAAAAUCAUGCUUCAUUAUUUAUAAACCCCAAACUAUAAUUAUGGACAGAAGAACAAACUGGGGGUAAUUAAAGUAAUUAUCUGUGCCUUCCCUGGAGUAGCACGGAAAUGUCUGCUGACUGCAUUUCAGAACCUAUUCACAGUACUGUCUCCCAGUGCCUGGGGAUCACUGUGAUGAUAAACUUCAACAUGAAAAAUAAAGCUGGCUGAUCCUUUAGCCUGAUUAGAUGUUAGAGCUCAUAAUGUCCUAGAAUGUGGAUGCUUUAAUUACAUUGAGGCAGGACAAACGUGCUAAGUAGAAAGCAAGGUUCACAUAUGGAUUUCACAGCUCCUCUGAACAGAGAGUUCUGGUGUUUUCUAGUAAAUUGUGCUCCAGAAUACAACCCCAUUAUUCGCAUAUAUCUUGUAAUGUAGUCUUGUGCACAUCUAGUGGUAUAGCCUUGAAAAACCCCAAAGACUUUUGGAGGAAAAUAAGAGAGGUUUCCAGGCAUAGUUUUUUCUGUAUUUCCUAUAGUUAUUAAAAGACUUAUGAGGUUUUCCCUCUGUCUUGCCCAGCAAAAUUCAGGAAACCAUAACUGUGCCUUCUCUGGGUUUGCUGUGGUUUCCCCACUGGUGUGUGGGACUGUCUCCAUGCUGUGUGGGACACAAACAGUGGAUGUCUGGGGGACAGGUUGUGUAAGCCACUUAUUUCAAGCUGCUGCUCAAUACCUACACGCUUGCUCUAUUGCAACCUCCAUGCUGUUCCAUCAGGCCAUUCAUGCUGGGACUGCUUUUCUGACCCAUCAGUCUCUCCCUGAAAAACCAUUCCAGCUCUAUUCAUUAACAAACAUCCUGCAAUUUUUCUACUGUCACGUGCGCAGGAUUUGUUAUGCUGUUUUGAUAGCUCCAAUAAUUGAAGGAAAGCUGCAGUAGCUCGAUUUUGUUUUGCCCUAGCCUUUUGCUCCCACCUAGUUAACUAUCUGCAAAAUCCCUUGAGCUGUUCCAUUUUGGGCUCUUCAUUUUAUAUUUGAGCAGAAGAUUUGUUAGGAGUAAUUCACAUUGGCCUGUAGGUUCUGUAUUGCAAUCCACAGAGACUGAGCUGUUGGCCAUCCACUGUGCCUUCCCAACUGCUGGGGCCAAAUGCCUUCAUCCUUGCAAGGUGAGUGGUACUUCUCAGUGCAUUGCUUGUUGCUGCACAGCUGGGCCUGCAGAUGUGAGGCUCCUGCUUUGCACUGCUUCUAAGCAGUUUUGCAGCUUUGUGAGGCUUCUUGUAGUGAGCCCUGCAUUUGCUAAUGGUGUUAAAGGUGUUUAAAAACACCCAAUUGUUCACUGUCAGGUCUGAUUUUUGUAAUGACUGAAUAGUUUGCUGUUGCUGCUGCAGAAAAUAAUAACAUUGAAACACACCACUUACAGCACAUUUCUUGGUCCAUAUUUUAAAAUCCAAAACUCUGGGUUUUCAGUUACUAUAAACAUCAAAAUAAAGUGCAUGCAUAUGCUGAUGUUCAGUUUGCAAAAGUGG